GUUUUUAGCCGAAGCAGCGUGUAGCUUGGUGUUGCGGGAUUUAUACCAGAAAUAAAAAACCGUUGCGUGUUGUUGUCGGAGCGGUGAUGAAAGCCAGGAGUCCGAGAUGACCUCCGAGAUCCUGAACGCCAUGAAUAUCCUGACCCAACCUCUGGGCGAAGCGUCUGCGCAGCCGUCCCAGCAGGAGGCCCUCCAUGCCGCGUUGGGGGCCAACAGGUCCGUCCUUCUGGAGCGGCUUCUGAGCGACGGCAGCCUGCAGCGAGCGGCGCGGCUCAGGGACGAGACAAAGGGCGAAGCUGACUGGUACAGCUCAGAGACAGAUGAUGUCACCUGGAGCUUUGUCCAAGAGUGUCUCCUGCUCCUCCUCGCCUUAACCCGACACCUGACUGAGGAGCUGAAACGCUUUCAGGAGGCCCCGCCUCCUUCAGGAAGCCUCCGCACAGCGGAAAUGGCGCCGCCGCUUCCGCCCGACGUCCUCAGCGUCUCCCAGCAGAAGACGCUGGGUGCCGCGCUACAGUUUGUGGUUUCUCUGGGCAUCUGUCCGUACCUGAGCGCCGGGGUCGGUGUCCCACUGGGCCGCAGGUCUGCAUUCGGUGUUGUGGUGGAAAAGCUGAUCCGGAGGGAGGCGUCGCCCCCAGCGGGUCGCCAUCUGCUCACCACAACCAGAGUCCUGCUGCAGGUGGCUGAGCUGGCGACUCUUGCCACCCUGGUGUUCAGCAGGCAUCUGGGGGACGUGAUGGCAGCACUGUGCCAGCUGGGCUACGAGCCGCACCGAGAGGACCACAGGCCACUCAGCACAGAGGAGUGUCGGUCGUGCAAAGAGGCGCUCAGGAAUCUGGUUGGAAAAGUUUACCAGCCGAUCGUCGUCAAGGAGCUGCUGGUCCUGCAAGGUGGACCCAAACAGUCAGGUCCAGCUGGGAGCUCCAGAGCUGCUCUGGGAUCAGCGCCGGCCUGGCUGAGGCGCCUCUGCGGUCAGCUGCUGUCUGAGCGUCUGAUGCAGCCCAACGGCGUGCAGGCGGUCGUCAGAGCCGUCCUGGAGGGAGGAACGGGGGGCGACUCGGACUGGAGGAAAUGUGACGCAGUGGCGCGGAUCCUGGCGGCCUGCCCUCAGCAGUCGGCCUCAGCAGACGGAUACUUCAGGCUGGUCUGUCCUCAGAUCCUUGACCUCCUGCAUUUCCGAGACAAACUGACAGCUCAGCAGUUCCAGCGAGUCGCCACCAGGGCGGCGCUCUCCAUGGUCCAGGAAAGGCCCACCUUCGCUCAGCAGUACCUGCUGGCCUCACUGCUAGCCCCGCUACACCAAUGCAUCACGGCUUCCGGUGAAGAGCAUCCGCACGUCGCUGUGGAGGAGUCGGAUCUCACUCGCUGUUUGGAGGAUGUCUACAAGAUCUGGGUCGUUGGAAACAGUCCGUCUCCGACGCUCCUCGCGCCACUUCAGGACGUUCUUCCCGUCAUCUUCACGCUUUUCUGCUUCACCAAGCAGAGCGUCUCCCAUCUGCGCGCCCCCUGUCAGGAGAUCCUGCUCUGGUUCCUGAAGCAUUCAGAGACGUCUGCGUCUCUCCUGUUGCUCAGGCAACUCUCUGGCCUGAGGGAGCGCAGGAACGAGGUGGCGGCGGCGUUCCACUUUACGGCGGGCAGCGGCGGCGGCGUCAGGCUCGUCUGCAGACAGGCCUGCAGCGACGAGGAUGAGGAGCUGUACGAGACGCUGUCCGGGGAGCAGUGGAGACUGGAGUGUCUGGUGCAGCUGCUGGCCCAACUCAGCGACUCCGACCUGCCCGGGGAUUUCUUCCUGAACCUGCUGCAGGAGCUGACUGGUUGGGCGGUUGCUCUAGAUGAAGAGCUGAAGGACGAAGAGGAGGUGGAUGUGGCGGCCAUGACGCUUCUGGAGGUGGAGCAGCAGGUGCUGGGUGGAGCUGAGAGGCAAGCAGAGAAGCUAACUCUGCUCCAGGCGCUGGCUGUGAUGGUGGAGAGUCUGGAGCAGGAGCAGCUGCUGAGGAAAACCUCACAGGUUGUGGACUUCAUGGUGUCCCUGCUCCAGAGGGCCUGCGUCGGGCUGGACGGGACCUCGGCGCCAGGUGUUGGGAACCCAGUGGAGAGCCAGACGCUGAGCAUGGGGAUGGGCCUGGUGGCGACGCUCCUGUCCGCGCCUCAGAUCAGCGCUCAGGAUUAUUCCUGCAUGUCGAAGUUGCUCCGGCCGCUGGAGGCGCUGGCCCAGCAGCAUCCCGACGUCGUCGUCCAGGAGCUGGCGUCCAACCUCGGCGCCGCCAUCGCCACUCGCGGCGCCUACCGACCCGAAGACCUCGCUGAGGCUGCUCGUUGCCGUGGCAACCCCGACGACACGACAAAGAACAGCAAAGCGAAGAGCGAAGGAAGAAACCAGCAGGCGCCAGCCAGCAGGCGUCCCGGUCCGCCAUCUGGAUCCGGUGAUCCAAGUGACAAACCGCUCUCUGAUUGGCUGCUGGAGGCAUGCGACCCGGACGUGCCCACCCGAGCGGUCGCCCUGAGGGCUGUGACCCGGAUGGUGCAGCGCAGACACCCAGAGGCCGUCCAGGCUCAGGAGAAGGUCCUCACGCUCUUCCUGGAGAACCUGGAGCAUGAAGACUCGUUCGUCUACCUGUCGGCCAUCCAAGGUCUGGCCGUUCUGGCUGAUUCCUACCCGGGUCAGAUCCUGGAGAGGCUCCUCCAGGAUUUCCAGCGCGGCCCGUCGCUCCCUUCGUCCAAGCAGGAGCGCUCCCUGGAGACCCGGCUGAAGGUGGGGGAGGUUCUGAUGCGGGCCAGCAGAGCGAUGGGGGAACUGGCGCCGCACCUGGGCCGCCCCCUGCUGGGCGUCUUCCUGCAGGGAACCAGAGAUCCGGACCACACCGUCCGGGCCAGCAGCCUGUCCAACCUGGGGGAGCUCUGCCAGAGACUGGACUACUCUCUGGGACCGCUGGCACACGAACUGAGCUCGUGUCUGACUGCGCUGAUUAAAACGGAGCGGGAGGCCGAGGUGAGGAGAGCCGCCGUCCACGUCGUCGCUCAGCUGCUCAGAGGCCUCAGCGAUAAAACCACCCAGGUCCUCGGCGACGUCCUCCUGGACCUGUACCGGGCCCUGAAGCUGGUGGUCGGCUCGGACCCGGACCAGGCGGCCGUUCUGCACGCGCAGCUGGCUCUGGAGGAGCUGGACCACGUGAUGAGGAGGUUCGUCUUCCCAGAGCAGAAGCUGGAGAAGAAGAUCGUCGUCCUGCCGUAGAAGCUGGAAUGAGUCGGGUUUCCCUCUGACAAUAAAGGACACUUGUGUCCAUUUGUCUUCAA